GCUGCCCAUUAACCAAAUUUGCUUUGGAGGGUCCUCAGAAUGAUUUUGUUUCAGUUCUGGGCUGCUUUAUUGAGACUCGCCGUACGUAGGAGCAUUUUGUAGCUGAAGAAGCAGUGGAGAACGACUGUUUAUAUUUUUUACGUCGGCGCGAAGCCACGCCCCGCACCGUCGCUAUUGGCGUCCCGGAGUCUCUAGCGCAGAUCUCCCACCACCGUUCAGAGUCGCGAAGCCUUCGGUGGUUCACCGCGUCUCCCUGAAAAAGGGAGCACGGCGGACGGAAGAUGGCGGAAUCCAAAAAGGCACCUAACGGGCUAGAGCUCAGUAAGAACUGGCUGGAGUCCACCGACUGCAGGUUGGAGAUUAUGUGGUACCUGAUGGAGCAGGUGCCGCAGAUCUACUGUCUGGAGGCGGUGCCUCAUCCCCAGGAGGAAGAGGAGCUGGCGACGGAUCUGCUGUUGCAGCCCCUGGAAUGCUUCCUUUUCGGGGAGGAUCCCCACGUGGGUCUGGAAAAACUCCAGCAGGAUAGUGCCUCCUCCCAUCUCUGUGGAAGAGUUUUCAAGGAGGGGGAGACGACCUACUCCUGCAGAGACUGCGCCAUUGACCCAACAUGUGUCCUCUGUACGGAUUGCUUCCAGAACAGCGUGCACAAGGGUCAUCGGUACAAGAUGCAUGCUUCGUCGGGCGGAGGCUUUUGCGACUGUGGGGACUUAGAAGCUUGGAAGACGGGCCCCUUCUGCCCUAAGCACGACCCGGGGGCCACAGCUGCCAUGGAGACGGACACAGACCAUGUCCUGGAACCAGGCCUGCUGGAACGUGCUGAGAAACUUUUUCGUGUGAUUCUGCGCUACAUUACCGAGCUACUGGUUUGGGAGGAGCACGACGAGCUCCCAACCGAGCUACGGCCCCGCGUGCAUAGGGACACAUACUACUGCGUUCUGUACAAUGACGAGCACCAUUCCUAUGAGCACGUCAACUAUGCCCUGCAGCGAGCUCUGCAGUGUGACCGCGAGGAGGCACACACGCACACUGCACUAAUCGACAAGGAGGGCCGAAGAGCAGUGAAACGGGGGAGCCUCCGUUCAUGUCUGCAAGUACAGCAGCAGAUAGAGACCAACUCGGAGCAGAUUUCCUCUGAGCCACUGCGUGUGGAGAUCCUGCACUCGGCGGUCAUGGCCCACCAGAGCUUUGCACUGUGCCUGGGCUCUUGGCUCCAGAAGAUUAUCCCAUACUCAGUGGGGUUCCGGCAGCUGUUUUGCCAGGUGGCACUGGAGCCCAGCCAGGUUGCAGAUCAGCCGAGUCUCAUCAGCCAGCUGAUGCUGCACGACUCCAAGCUCUACAAAGUGGCACGGAAGGUCAUACACGAGCUUAUUGUCUGCAGCUUGCUGAUGGAAACCAAGUAUAAACGACUCUUCGCCAUUGAAUAUACCAAGUACUAUAAGCAGCUGCAGAAGGAUUUCAUCAUCGAUGACCAUGAGCGGAGCAUUUCCAUCACCUCGCUCUCAGUGCAGAUCUUCACCGUGCCGACUCUGGCCCGGCAGCUCAUCGAGGAGGGCAACGUCAUCAAGGUGAUUGUAGAGACGGUGAUGGAGAUGCUCUCGGAGCACCUGGACAGCAGCAACCGAUUUCACUUCCAGGGACACAACGUGGACCGGUUCUACAGGAUCCAAGAUAUCUUCCAUGACCUCAGGUACAUCCUGAUCAGCAAGCCCACGGUUUGGUCCAGUGAGCUCCGUGCACAGUUCUUGGAGGGCUUCCGGGCUUUUCUGAGAAUCCUGGCUAGCAUGCAGGGCAUGGAGGAGGUGAAGCGGCAGUUUGGCCAGCAUGUGGAGGUGGAGCCCGAAUGGGAGGCUGGAUUCUCCAUUCAGAUCCUGCUGAGGCACAUACUCUCCAUGCUGCAGGAGUGGUGCGCGUCCGACGAGGAGGUGCUGUUGCAGGCCUUCAAAGACUGUCACAGCACUCUGUUGCGCUGCACUAACCAGCCCUUUCACAGUGAAGCCACGGACUCCUACAUGUGCAAGCACAUCCUGAACUCAAGGCCCUACAAGGUUUCCCAGGAGCCGGUCAGCGUCUACCUGCCCGUCUCCAGGCUGCUGGCAGGCCUGUACGUUCACAUUUGCAAGAGUGGGGCGGUCUCUUGUUUGCAAGAAUAUCUUGAUGAGAUGCACUGCGACUUCGCAUACCUGGCCGAGCAUCCGCUGCGCUGCCUGGCGUUGGCGGCACAGGUGUCUGCUGAGAUGUGGCGUCGGAAUGGGCUCUCACUUGUCAGCCAGGUGUAUUAUUAUCAGGAUGUGAAAUGCAGGGAUGAGAUGUUUGAUAAGGACAUCAUCAUGCUUCAGAUCGCUGGGUCCAGGAUGGAUCCAAAUGACUUUGUGAUGCUCGUGCUUCAGCGCCUGGAGCUCUUUGAGCUCUUUAAUGGCAGCUGCUUGUCCAAAGACCAGGAGCUGCUGAAGCAGUUGAACAGGCUGACGGAAGAGAUGCUCCACCUGCUGAUCGUCAUCAUAGGUGAACGGUACGUCCCGGGGAUCAGUCAGGUGACCAGGGAGGAUGUCACCAUGAGGGAAGUGAUCCAUCUGCUUUGCAUCGAACCCAUGGCCCACAGCAGCCUGGUCAAGGGACUACCAGAGAAUGAGAGCCAAGAGACUGGUCUAGAAAGUGUCAUUUCCAGAGUCGCCACUUUCAGGCAACCUGGGGUUUCGGGCCAUGGUCUUUACGAGGUCAAGAAAGAGUGCCUUCAGGAAUUCAACCCCUUCUUCUACCACUACUCCAAGUCCCAGCACAGCAAGGCAGAAGAUGCUCAGAAGAAGAGGCAAGCUCAGGAAGGUGGAGGUAAAGCUCUCCCUCCCCCAGUUCCCCCACCAUUCACCCCGCCCUUUUCCGGCAUCGUGAGGGUCCUCAACUGUGACAUCCUCCUCCACGUACUUCGGGUGGUACUCCAGAAGGCAGCGGAGGACCGUGCCGGCCAGUGGACAGAGGCCAUGAUCCAGAGGGCCCUGCACCUAAUUGGCCAAGCUCUGCUAGAGGAGAAGACUCAGCUGGAGGCCAGCAGUGAGGAUGAGGUGACUUUUGACUUCAGCCUCAAAGCCCGGGGAUCUGGCUGUGAGCACGGCAACUCCCUGUUCCAGUUCCUCACCAAGCUGAGAAGCCUUUGUUCCCUGGAGGCCCAGAAGGACAUGAUCCAGUGGACCCUGCAGAUGUUCGAGACCAUCAAGCGCAUGCGUGAGAAGUCCAGCCCUGCCGCUCCCACCAGUAUGGAGCAGACUAAAACAGAAGAGAGUGUCCAGAACAAGAAGGCCGAGCAGAAGAGGAAGGCCGAGGCCGCCAAGCACCGUCAGAAGAUCAUGGCCCAGAUGUCAGCCAUGCAGAAGAACUUCAUCGAGACACACAAGAUGCUAUAUGACAACUUGCCAGAAAGUGGUGUGCAAGGGGAACCAUCCCCCUCCGUGGACAGCAGCUCCAUGGAGCUGAGCGAGUCUUGCGUAGCGGUGGGGUCGCAUCGGGGCGUGCCCUGCGUGGAACGGGAGGUGCUGACCUGCAUCCUGUGCCAGGAGGAGCAGGAAGUAAAGGCCCGGGGGCCGGCCAUGGUGCUGGCAGCGUGUGUGCAGCGCUCCGCUGUUCUCACCCAGACCCGGGGCAAAGGCCUGCCCAGCUCAGAUAGCUUCGACCCGCUUUUCAUGCACCCCGACCUGGCUGUGGGGACGCACACGGGGAGCUGUGGUCAUGUGAUGCAUGCGGCCUGCUGGCAGAAAUAUUUUGAAGCUGUUCAGAACAUCACUCGUAACCGCCUCCACGCAGAGUCCAUCAUUGACCUGGAGAACGGGGAAUACAUGUGUCCCCUCUGCAAGUCACUCUGCAAUACUGUCAUUCCGCUGAUCCCGCUGGAGCCACUCCCCCUCAACAAUGAGAGUGCCCAGCUGGUAGGCCAGGUCCUCACGCUGCCCUGCUGGACCCAGAUCAUCAUGGCCAGAGUGAAUGGACUGAAGGCAGCUGGCCAAGACGGCGGCGGCAGCAGCGGUGUGGCAGAGCUUGCUCUUGGCGGGGACGAACACAUGGACUCCUUGUCCAUUUUGAGUUUCGGCGUCCAAGCCUCGACUAAGUACUCGGACAGCAUCGGUGGGAUGUUAGCGGUUUGUGCCACGACCGUGCACCGCGUGGGCCUGAAGGUGCCGCCCAAUGAGUUGGAUCCACGGGUGCCCAUCAUGUCCUGGAACACCUGCGCCUUCACCAUCCAGGCCACUGAGAACAUGCUGCAGGAGGAAGCCAAGCCACUGUUCGGCUCUCUGCAAAACAGACAGCUGGCUGGCUUGAAGGCCUUGGUUCAGUUCUCAGCGGCCAAUUGCCAGAAGCGCUGGCAGGCUGUAAUCCAGAAGCAUUUCACGCACAUGCUCGCAGUGCUAUUACCCAUCAUGAAUGUGGAAGGCACUCCCUGCCUCCUUGAAGUGGACUGCUUUCAUCUCCUGGUGGGUUUGGUGCUGGCCGUUCCGACCCUCUACCAGGAGGCCAUGGUGGACCUGCAGCCCUCAGCCAUCAGUUCAGCCUACAACCAUUUACACCUCCUGCACCUGGUCACUACAGCACACAUGGUGCAGGUGUUGCUGUCCUCCCAGGACACACCAGGGAUUAUGGGAGGGGAUGAUGGAGAGGACGCGAGGUUGGCGUCAGAUUUCCUACAGGCUGUCGCACAGCAUACGGAUGGGUUGCGCUGCGGUUUGCAGGGCAUUGCAGGCCGAGUCAGAAGAGGUAUGGCCCCAUUCUUGCGAUGUGCUGCUAUUUUCUUCAAUUGCCUUACAGGAGUGCCCCCACCUAAGGAGCUCUCAAGCAGUGCAGUAUCUGAGGAAGCCCAGAUGGAGGCGCUGUGCUCGUACCUAGCGUUGCCCUCCAAUCUCUUCAAGCUCUUCCAAGAACACAAGGAGACCAUUUCCCCUUUACUGCAGAGGUGGUGCGGAAGGCCUGAGAUCACCAAAGCCCUGAAGGGAGACAUGCCGUUGGUCAGGUACCCAAGGAAAUGCAACAAGCUGGUUCACCUUCCAGAGGAUUACAGCGCCCUCUUAAACCAGGCCUGUCAUUUUCAGUGUCCCAAGGGCCCUAUGGACGAGCGCAAGCACCCUGCGCUUUGUCUGUUCUGUGGGGCCAUGCUCUGCUCCAAGAGCCCGUGCUGCCAAGAGCAGCUGGAUGGUGAGAAGGUGGGAGCCUGCACAGCCCACGCCGCUCGCUGCGGGGCCGGCGUCGGAAUGUUCCUCAGGAUUCGCGAGUGUGAGGUGGUCCUAAUGGGCAAUAAGACCCGGCUGAGUUUGUAUCCCGCCCCCUACCUCGAUGACUAUGGCGAAACGGACCCUCAGCUAAGACGAGGGAACCCCCUGCACCUGUCUCCAGAGCGGUACCGCAGGCUCCACCAGCUGUGGCACCAGCACUGCAUCAUGGAGGAGAUCGUUCGCAGCCAGGAGGUGGUCAAUGUCAUGUUUGGUCCAGAUUGGCAGAUGCUCUAAGGCUCGGGUGGGGGGGGGGGGGGGGAGCUGAAGAGUGAUGUGGGGGGUAGGUGCAGCCUGGAGGACCUCACUAGCUUCCCUAAGGGGAGACAUUAAUCAGCCUUGGGUGGUCUGCUUCCCUCUCCAAAUCUUGCCAGGUCACACAGUGAAGGGUGAGGCAGAGAGUGUGUGUAAAUGAACUGGAGUGAACUGGGUCACCUUAAUCGCCAGGCUUUGUGGCUGGAUUGGCCCAAAUGGACUUUCUGACCAUUUCUGGUGAAUGACAGUGUAAAAAAUUUAAUUAAUCAAACUAAUAAAAAAUGUUACCCUUUUCCUCACAUUUUGUUUGUGUACUGACAGCUACCUGGAGGUGGCGCUGUAAAUAGCCCAAAGAUUACACAUUGUACAAAAUGUUUAAAUGAGCAUGUUAUUGAAACAGCUGGGUUAAUUUCAAGGUCAUAUUUUACCGAAUGAGAUUUUUUUUUUUUUUUUUAAAUAUGUACAAUUAUUUUAUGUUCUAUUAUAUGUAUCCUGGCCUCAAUCAGGGUCUUUCUCACACAAACACGAUAUGCAAAAGUAUAUAUGGUAUAGGAAAUUAAAUCUAUGAAGUUUUUGGAUAACUUGUGUGAGGGAUCCAGUUUUCUGGUGUUUGCGUUCCACCGUGAACUGAGUAUAGAACGACAAUCCAGUACUUCAUCCCUUUUGAUCACUCUGCGUUUAAGAGGUAUCCUGAGUUUUGCUGUUAGACUUAAAUUUUCUGCAUCUGUUUGUCUUUGAAAUUUUUUAUUGUUUUCGGCUGGUGGCGUCGCCCUCUUUGCCAGUCUGCUUCCUGUGAAGAGACUGCUCUUACAGGAACCGGUCUCUGACUGUCCUUCAGAAGUGUGAGCAUAGCGACGGGGGAGGUGCAGUGUCUGUUAAAGGGAUGCAGAAGAUCUGUCUGCCGGGGAUGUAUGAGGUGCCCUGUCCACCUGCCCUUGUAGCUAAUGUUCCGGAGGGUGGGAUUCCACUUGUUUUCCUGCUACCUAUAAUUUUCCCCACACGUUGCCGUACUGUUCAGGCCAGUAUGUUUAAAAACUGUGAAUAAAAUAUAUUGCCUGGCCGCCUUGA